AUGUACACUUCAACAUACGGUGUUGAAUGGGGGUUGGUGUUUCCUGAUGCGAAUGGGGAGUACCAGUCUCCCAUUAACCUGAAUUCAAGGGAAGCCAGAUAUGACCCCUCACUGCUGGAUGUCCGCCUCUCGCCAAAUUACGUAGUCUGCCGAGACUGUGAGGUCACCAAUGAUGGACAUACCAUUCAGGUUAUCCUGAAGUCAAAAUCAGUUCUUUCGGGAGGUCCAUUGCCUCAAGGGCAUGAAUUCGAACUGUAUGAGGUUCGAUUUCAUUGGGGAAGAGAAAACCAGCGUGGUUCUGAGCACACAGUUAAUUUCAAAGCUUUUCCCAUGGAGUUGCAUCUGAUCCACUGGAACUCCACCCUGUUUGGCAGUAUUGACGAGGCUGUGGGGAAGCCGCAUGGAAUCGCCAUCAUUGCUUUGUUUGUUCAGAUAGGAAAAGAACAUGUAGGCCUAAAGGCUGUGACCGAAAUCCUCCAGGAUAUUCAGUAUAAGGGGAAGUCCAAAAUAAUACCCUGCUUUAAUCCUAACACUUUAUUACCGGAUCCUCUGUUGCGUGAUUAUUGGGUGUAUGAAGGCUCGCUCACUAUUCCACCUUGCAGUGAAGGUGUCACCUGGAUAUUAUUCCGAUACCCUUUAACUAUAUCCCAGCUACAGAUUGAAGAAUUCCGAAGGCUGAGGACACAUGUGAAGGGGGCAGAACUCGUGGAAGGCUGUGAUGGGAUUUUGGGAGACAAUUUUAGACCCACGCAGCCACUUAGUGACAGAGUCAUCAGAGCUGCAUUUCAGUAGCCAAAGGGAACAGGAACAAGCCCGGCUUCCUCCGGAGGAAGACAAUGGUGGUAUAGUGCCCUAGGAUGAGAACGGAAACGUCUGAGCUGCAGCUUUGGUUUUUCCUGAAAGCCUGCAUUGUUUGUCUUCCUCUAACCCAGCUUUGAUGGACAUCUCUGGCAGUUGCCUGUACACAAGCUCUAAUGAAAUAUUAGGAAUGGCUGUACAUUGAAAAGAAGCCCCAUAUUAUAUAUCACUGCUGGUAGUAUUCAUAUUUUUUACACACACUGUUUAUUGCUUAUAUGUAGAAGAAAUGAAACUAGUUUUCAGAGUUGUUAUUAAUAUGAAUAUAUAUCAUGUACUAAUGUCGAGACAGGAAAAAUACAUUUCCAGCAUUAGCAGUCCUUCAUUUCCUGUCUCCAACAGAAAAUCCACUCCUUCGGAGAAUAAUGUAAGUCUUGAUAAUAAAAUAAGAGUUUUGAUUAAAAACAGCAUACAGCUUCAAAGUGGAAUGUAAAGGAUUAGUAAAAAUCAUAUCUCAUGUUAUUUCCUAGCCCUCACACCACAGCUGAUGUCAGGCUGGGUUGUUAUUAUGGAAAACAGUUUGGGAAUUAAUGCAAAAACAUACUCACUUUAUAUAUUUCUGUCUUAGUAAAAGGAUUUAUUUGAAGAUACGAAUCUAAUCAUAUUUAUUUGACAUAUUAGAAGCUGUGGUUUCUAAGACAAAAAGAAAGUAGGUACCUUGAAUAGCUCCUUUUCCAUGAUAGAAACAUAAAUUUAAUAGUACCCCUAUAAUAAUUUAGUGGUGUACAUUUUGUAAAACUUCAAAAUAUUUUAUUCUGUGAAUUUCAUGUCUUCAGUAUAUUGAAACGUUUCUUUCAAAGGUGGCCAACAGUAUAUUUUAAUUAAUUAUAAGUGUUGCUGGCAAAUUUUAGCAUAUAUUUAUAUAUAGUUAAGUGUGACAGAAUGAGAUGACUUAUGUAAAACAGUAGAGUGCCUGGUGCAAAGCAAGUACUUAAUAAAUGUUUAUUGUCAUAAUUAUUGUCAUAAAACUAAUAACUUCAAAAAUAUAGUCCUGAUUUGGAGGGAUUUUGUGAUGCAAAAUAUAUGUUAGAAAUAGAAAUAAUACAGGUAGAAUAAGCAUGUGCUGAGAGAUUU